AUGAUGAAGCGACCAGCGAGCCCCCGCCGGGACUAUCUCAUGCGCUGUGCCGAGCGACAGCUGCUGCCGGUCCCCGUGAUCAACAGAGCCCUCAGAAUCGAUCCGCAAACGGCAAUGGCAGACCCCAUGACGGGCGACGCCAGAGAGGUUCACACGACUGGUGGAAAAACAGGGGAGGCCGAAGAAACAAAUAUCGGAGACUCUGGCCUUGAUGGGCCGGCCUCUGAGACUCUUCUCGGCGUACUCCUGGAAAGGGCGGGGACUAUCAGCAAGCUCGACCUCAGCGGGAACCGCAUCGGACCAAAAGGGGCCAGCGGAUUAUCUCGUCUCAUCGCUCACAAGCGUGAGUUUGUUUGGUUAGCUCGCGUGUUCUUCACCUUGACACUCUCCAUGAGCGACAGCUGUGAAUGCGCUUUGCGCUCUCUGAAGCUAGACGGAAACAAGGCCGGCGACCGCGCAGUCAUGACGGUGUUGAAAGCCCUUGCGAGGUACCAGCCGCCCGUAUCCCACCUCGGCCUCUCGGAUAACGGACUCACACUCAAAGUUAUGCAGAACAACAAGACCCUCACCAAUGUCAAUCUCACGGCAAACCAGGUUCGAUGGGAGGGUGCAGUCGCGCUGUCAGAGGCAUUAGUUGCAAACACCACUAUCCGGAAUCUGGUGCUCAGGGACAACCCGAUUGGCACAGCGGCGGGAUUGCAGAUGUCGAUCGCCCUUGCCGAAAAACAUGGCGACCCAUGUCUAGUUGACAUCAAGAAGACCAGCGGGAAGAAAUCAGGGGCUCAACUAGACAGCACCGGUGCCAGCAAAGGUGCCCCUCAACCUCCCGAGAAUGUCCCGCCACCCCUUCCACCACCCACACGGCCCGAUGAACAUCUCUUUUGGCUGGAUCUCACAGUUGACAGAAAAUGGGAUUUGCGGCUGAACAGGCCGUUCGACAGGGCGGUCGGAAGAGAGGUCCUGAGGACAUUCAACUUCUCCACUGGGGGUAGCUUGGCGGGCAUACUCCGAGUAUCGGGUGGAGCACCGCGACAAGUGACGUUUAGGCGCCGCGAAAAACUACAACCGGCAUCUGGAGAUGCGACCCGAACCGGUCUGUCGUCAGGUCGAGGACGCAAGGUGUGCUUGCGGUUGUCACAACUCGUUUAG